CCCCGCGAUAGGCCUAUUCUUAUUAAACCAGUGUGCAAUUAGCUACGGUGCGUUUCACUCGUGUCCUCACAUACCUACCAAGUGGCGGCGAUGGCUGGGACUUUUGGGUUAAUUUCGGUUUUUAAUCACGAAACCCAGGAAUGGAGAAGCUACAAAAAUCGUCUAUCUCAGUGGUUCAUAGCCAACGAUAUUAAUGACAACACAGACAAAGCCCAAGUGAAACGUCGAGCUAUCUUGAUAAGCGCACUCGCCGAAUCUACCUACCGGCUAGCAAGCAAUUUAGCAUUACCGGAUACGUUAGAAGAAAAGGGAUAUUCGGAUGUGGUGAAGAUUUUAGAUGCACAUUUCACACCUAAACGCUGCGGGUACGUUGAGCGAUUCCAUUUUUAUUCGGCCACCCAGCAAGCGGGCGAAGGUCACGUGCAGUGGGCUGCGCGUCUGAAAGGCCUCGCCGCGUACUGCGAUUUCAAAAAUAUGGACGACGCUAUUCUCGACAGAUUUGUAAUGGGCAUGCUCCCAGGUCGAGAGCGUGAAAAGCUGUUCACGCAGAAUGUCGGCGAGCUCACGUUGUCUAAGGCGAUAGACUUGGCGGAGAGCAUCAGGGUUGCUCGCACCGGUGGCGCUGCCGCCGGCCCCGCUGGAGCGCCGGUGGCCACAGAGGCCAGCGGCCAGCUGUUCCAGAUUGAAAAAGCACCUGCGCGCUCGUCUGCUGCGGCGUCUGAUGUACAGUGUUCGGUGUGUGGUAGAUUCAAACAUAGUGCUACAAAGUGUCGGUUUAGAAAUUAUAAGUGUAGGAAGUGUCAAACAAAAGGCCAUCUAAGUAACAUGUGCAAGGCUGUAAAAUAUAUCGAGUCGGAGGAGGUGAACGAAGGUGAUGACGGUUAAUUAUCACGGAGGCGCUGAGAGAACUGAUUUUAAUAUCGAGGACCAGAUAUUAUAUAAAAAAUAUAUAAAUAAAAAUAGAUUUAAUUGGGUAAGAGGAAAAAUAACAAAAAAACUAGGUCAAAGGUUGUACCUAAUAGAAGAUCAAGAAACUCGUCACGUUAUAAAAAAGCAUAUCAACCAAAUCGUUUUAUACAAAGGGAUGCCAACCAAUUCACCCACUACAGAAUGUACGGUGCCCACUAGACAGCUGGCGCCGACCGCACAGGAGCCCACCAUAUUCCUGCCCGUACCGGGCCCAGCAGCCUCCACGAGUGUCAACGCGACAUCCACGACGCCUCCCGGAGAACCUGAUGGCUUGGAUACUCUUCAUCCAGCGGAGAGGGAAGAGGGUGAUAGUAGGCACCCAGAGGGCCAGAACCCCCAGACAUCCGAGAACGUGGAUGAUCAUCUUGUCUUCGCCUCCCCGGAGGCCCAGUCACCUCAACAACCCGGAAACUCAGAUCCUCAAGGCACGAGUGACUUAAGACCCUUGCCACCACGGCAAGCUAGACUUAAUUUAGAUUUUAAGAAAUACUUUUAAGAUAUUGUCAAAUAAAGGUGGAGGGAUAUAGUACGUAUGCAUGGCAGCGGCUGCGCCCGCGCACCCCGCGAUAGGCCUAUUCUUAUUAAACCAGUGUGCAAUUAGC